AUGUUGAAGGCAUUGCUUCAGGUAAUAACAUGGAUUUGGUGGUUGCUUCAGAUAACAACAUGGGUUUGGUGGAUUGUCAUAAUUGUGCCAGCUUUGCUGUGGCCAUCGGUAAAACAAGAAACACAGACACUCCGUUACAAAACAAUAACCUUCAACUUUGAAGGUGCUACCCCUGCUAGCUACUCGGCAUUUGUGAAUUCUCUGCGAAAUGAAGUCGAAAGCAAGAAGGUGUUUGGAUUGCCAGUUACAGCAACAACAGCAAAAGUUUGCGAACGAUAUAUUUUAGUUGAUCUCAAAUUUAAAAGAAAAGAAGAGUUCUUGACACUAACACUAGCAAUAGAUGUCAUUGAUUUGUAUGUGGUGGGUUAUCGUGAUAAAUAUGACGAGAAAGAUCGUGCCAAUUUCCUUAAAGAUGCUCCCAAAGUUGCAAGAGAUAAUCUUUUUGAAGAAGCACAAAAAGCAAAACAAGUUAGAGACACUACAUUUAAAGGCACCUACACAGAUCUUGAACGUUUUGCCGGAGAUAGACAGAUUGUUGAAUUGGGAGUUUUCAAACUACAGCAAGCCAUCUUGUCGGUCUAUGGAAAACCGGACAAGAAGAAAAAGGACGAACCGAAUAUUGAGGCUAAAUUUUUCAUUAUUUCCAUCCAAAUGGUUUCAGAGGCAGCAAGAUUCCAAUAUAUACGGAAAAAAGUACUCGAAGGAGGAAUAUACGGAAGUUAUAAACCAGAUCCCAAAGCGAUCUCAUUAGAGACCAGUUGGGAUAAGAUCUCUAAAGCUAUUCAAACUGCUGAUGCUUCUGGAAAGUUUCGCUCAGAAAUUAUUUUAAAGGAUGAAAAGGGCAACACAUGGAUAGUUAAGAAAGUGAGUGACAUAAAGAACGACAUGGGACUUUUGAAGGGCCAAGCAUCAAAGUUUUCUCAACUUAUGCAAAUGGCAUACAUCUAA